AUGCUCAAAGCUAUUGGUUCCAUUCUGAUUCCGACUAGUAUGGCCAUCUUCCUGUACCUCAUCCACUGUCUCAAUCCGUCCAUUACUUUGGCCAUCCUGCUCUACAGGAAUCGGGCUUGGCUGCUGUCCCUCGUCAAUGUCUCGCCUUUGACCAUGCCUACUAUUUUGGCUGCCCUCACCAUCUGCUGCGUCUGCUAUGGAGCUGUGCAUUUCCGGCGAGACGGCCCGCUCGACCGACCAUCAUCUCAACUGAAGGAUGAGUGCGCCUUCAAGCCCCUAUUUUUUCCGUGUCGCACGACGCAUCGGCGCAUGUUUCCCGUCAAACACAGCUUCGCUUAUUCUUAUCUCCUCACCGGCAUUCCUGUGGGACUUAGAGGCUCGGUCGGUGGCUUACUUUCGGUCGAUGAAGUGCCUCAAAGUUCUUGGUGGUCCCGGCACUCAUGGUAUGUAGUGAGUGGAGACGACUAUCUAGCGCGUGGCCAUCAUCCUGAUGGGCUGCAAGGAAAGUUGCGUGACUAUCUUGAGAGUCAAGGAGUGGAUCAUAAACAAUACUCGCAUGCUUACCUUCUCACAGCCGCAAAGUUCCAAGGAUACUCGUCGAAUCCAGUCUCCCUCUGGCACCUCUACUCACCUCAAAAUGAACUAAAAGCCCUCAUCUUAGAAGUCAACAACACUUUCGAUGAGAGACACUGCUAUUUCCUUCAGCCCUCCUCCCGAUCUGGGAAAGCUAGUGAUAGCUCUGACCAAAACGGCCCCGAGUUCGUCCGAUAUGCCUGCAAGUGGCCCAAAGACUUUUACGUGAGCACCUUCAAUGAUCGAUCCGGCUCCUAUUCCCUCUCUGCUAGCGAUCCCUUUGCGCCGGCCCUCACCGGAAGCGGCCACAUAAAUACGACCAUUACGCUCUCCGGCUCUUCGCAUGAUACCGCAAUGAUAAUUACCAGAAUUUUUUCUAUCAACCCAGCCCACGAUCCUGCCAAAAUGUCAAAGUGGGAAAAAUUGUUGUUUCUUACGACGUGGUGGUGGGUUGGCUUCGCAACCUUUCCCCGUACCCUGAGGCAGGCUUAUAAACUCUUUUUCUACAAAAAGAUGCCUUGGGCUUUCCGGCCAGAGCCCCGACGGAAUACUAUGGCUCGACAAGCCGACAAGACGGAAAGGAACCUUGAACAGCAUUUCCGCGCCUUCCUCAAGAAUCAGGUGUGCAACUCUGAAGAGGCCAUCACUGUCAGAUAUCAGAGUGCUGGACUGGUGGGAAAUGACAACCUGGACGCUAUCCUCCAAUCGCCGCUUGACAAAGCUGGCACACGGUGCGAGUCUACGAUAAAAAUAUUGACACCAUUAUUCUACUCUCGGUUUGUGCAAUAUGCUUCCAUAUCCGACGCACUCAUCUCAGAAAGCCAGCAGAGUGCUACACUUGAGGUCUCAAAUUUACCCUCACUCCUCACAACUCUCACGGCAAAAGUGGACCCCAAACCUGAGCAUGUAGUCCACUGCUAUCCCAAGAUUAUUUACGAGCCUCUGUUUGUAAUGCUUAGCUACCUUCGGUCUCGCCCUUCACCCAUCUUAUCCAAGGAACAAUCUACUCCAGUAACUGCGCCCGCUCGUCGGAUACCUUCGGCCACAGCCUUAUCUGUGCUAGAAACAUUUGUCCUUGAUAGCGCUUCUUCUUCUCAGAAACGUGAUUUUCUGCAGGAUUGCUGGCGUCUGAUGUUGACGGCGCGGCUAGCAUUUGAGUCAAGUGUGUUAUGGGAGCUUGAGGUCUUGGGCUUUCAUGUUAUUGUGUCUUGGUACCUCGUACGAUGGGUCUGCACCAUAGCAUCUUGA